UUUGGUUCAUUUGUAUUGGGUCCCUCCUUACCACUCUCUAAUAUCCUCUUUUAACUCCGUCUGUCAAUACCGAGCGGGAAACGGCCGCCACGCACGAUACCAUUGACCAAAUACACCACUAACUAGAAAACAUAAAAAAAACUCCCCGCUUCUAUUCGCCGGAAUCUUGCUUAUCUGGUCGCCGUUAGUUUUAACGCUAUACCUUUCGGUAUCAUUAUCCUUCUCUCUUUGGCUUUAAUUAAGGGUAUUGGAUCUCCCUUCAUCACUUUCCCCUGCUAAAAGAAGUUUCUAGAGAGGGACGCAGACACAGGGAGAGUCAUUAUUAGGGUUUUCGUGGACUUUUGAGGUUUGUUUUUAAUGGACGAGAGUGUACUUGACGAUAUUAUACGGCGGCUAGUGGAGGCAAAGAACGGGAGGACGACGAAGCAAGUGCAGCUGACGGAGGCAGAAAUCCGGCAGCUUUGUGUAGCAUCGAAACAGAUCUUUCUCAGUCAGCCUAACCUUCUCGAGCUUGAAGCUCCUAUAAAGAUUUGUGGAGAUGUUCACGGUCAGUUCUCUGAUCUUCUACGGUUGUUCGAAUAUGGUGGGUACCCACCGGCAGCAAACUAUUUAUUUUUGGGGGACUAUGUUGAUCGUGGUAAGCAGAGCAUAGAGACAAUAUGCCUCCUCCUUGCCUACAAGAUCAAAUACAAGGAGAACUUCUUCCUUCUGAGGGGCAACCAUGAAUGUGCUUCCAUCAACCGUAUAUAUGGGUUUUAUGAUGAGUGCAAGAGGAGGUUUAAUGUUCGCAUCUGGAAGACAUUUACUGAAUGCUUUAAUUGUCUGCCUGUUGCUGCUCUUAUAGAUGAAAAGAUCCUAUGCAUGCAUGGUGGAUUAUCCCCUGACCUGAAAAGUUUGGAUCAGAUCAGGAAUAUUGCUCGACCUGUUGAUGUGCCGGAUCAGGGACUUCUAUGUGAUUUAUUAUGGGCUGAUCCUGAUAAAGAUAUCGAGGGCUGGGGAGAGAAUGACAGGGGGGUGUCAUAUACCUUUGGGGCUGACAAGGUUGCUGAGUUCCUGGGGAAACAUGACCUUGAUCUCAUUUGUCGAGCCCAUCAGGUUGUUGAAGAUGGUUAUGAGUUUUUUGCAAAGCGGCAGCUGGUAACAAUAUUCUCCGCCCCAAAUUACUGUGGUGAGUUUGAUAAUGCUGGUGCCAUGAUGAGUGUGGAUGAUACUUUGACUUGUUCUUUUCAAAUCCUUAAAUCCUCCGAGAAGAAAGGAAAAAUGGGAUUUGGAAACAACAUGUUGAGACCUGGAACUCCUCCACAUAAGGGGAAGGGUUGAUCGAUUUAUACUAGCUUUUAAAGAUCUGAAGUGGCAUAUCAAAUGGAAUCAAUCCAUCCUGUGUCUUGUGUAAGGUUUCUACAACAGAAUUACUUUGCUGCUUGGCAAGGUCCCAGGACUAUCAAUACUGCAUGUUUUGGCAUGAAAAGGUGAAAUGUGAAGACAUAAUGUUUGUGACCACUGUCAUAGUAGGUGGGGCAACCAUUGUCAGUGAAAUGGGUAGUUAUUUAAAUUAUGUAAAAUGGGAAACUUCUGACUUUAUGCUGAAUUGCAAUUGGCUAGGUGAACACUUUUCAACUCAUGGCAUUAGUUCAUUUUCUGAUUGCCCUCUUUAAAAAUGAAAGGUAGUAUCCUUUUUUUAGCUAAUAA